AUGGGGUUUGCAUCCUGCAAUGCCAAAUUCUUGGCCAGAAGCCUUGCUGCUUUUCCUGCAGUACUGCAUCAGCUGAAUUCGCAAAACAUUUCCCGACGAGAUCGUUUCCAAGGCCCGUUGACUUGCAGCACAGAGCCUACAAGAGGAUUGACUGAGGGUGUGUCAAUUUCCAUCCCAGAGACAGUUUGUCCAAAGCUGGCAAACACUCUACAAGCUCGUGUUUUGAAGCAAGGACGUCUGUUUGAUUGUACCUUCUUUGCAUCAAAACCAGAGUUUGAUGAUGCGUGGACAUGGUCCUGGGGCCUUUUGAGUGUGACAUCAAUCAGCAGAUCAUGCAGACAGUAUGAAAAGCGGCAGAAAACUACUGCGGAUUCAAGCAACAGGCUACAUGACAAAGAUCGUGUUGAGUCAAAAUGGGGCUUGAAGGAACUUGGUGAUUCGUCUUGUGAGUUCUAUGACUCGGCGGGUGAGCUGGUUGCAUGUGGCUAUGAGGCUAUUGUUUAUGGUGACCAUGGACCAUAUAUCGAGUUCAACGAGGACCAAAUACACUGGCCAACAUUUUGUCAGCACAAACUCAAAGGACCAGACCGAACUCACUUUGAACACUACAACAAGGACGUCUCGAUCAAGCUUUACGAUCAAUUUCAGACCGUGGCCAAUCAACCGAAUCCACCUCCCGAUAAUCCGUUUUCAACAGCCAACAAUCGUCCGGAUGGAUAUGCUGACUAUCGGCCAGGGAAGCUGUACAUCUCUUGUGAUUUGUUUUUUUCUGCAGGAGGUCGCAUGUAUGGCCCAGAGUAG